AUGGCGAACGCCAUCGCGACCGCGACCGAGGAGAUGGGGUACUGGUCGCGCGCGCCGAUGACGCCCUCGCGCGCCGCGGUCGCGGUGCAGGCGGCCGCCAGAGGCUGGCUCGCGCGCGCGCGAUUCCACCGCGACGCGGACGCGGCGUCGCGCGCGGUCGUCGCGCGCGCGCGCGCGGUCGCCGCCUCGCAUCGCGCGCAGGCCAAGGCGAGCCUCGCCGCGGAGGCGGCGACGAGCGCGGAGCUCGCGCGGAUGCUCCGGAGCGUCGUCGCGCGCCGCGCGGUCGUCGCGAAGACGGGCGCGCGCAGGCUUCGCCAGCGAACCGUCGUGCACCGAUGCCGCGCGAUGUUGCUCGGCUGGGCGAGGGUCGCCGCGCCGACGCGCGCGAAGCGCGCGUUCGCGGCGCGCGCGGACGUCGUCCGACGCGCGCGCGAGCUCAAGACCGCCGAGUCGCGCGCGUUCGCGUCGUGGCGCGCGCUGGGCGUCGCGCGCCGAGCGCGUCUUCGCGCGCACGCGACGGCGCGCAUUCGCUUCCAAAUUCGCGGCGUCUCCCUCGCGCGCGAAACCUUCUCGCGGUGGAGCGACGUCGCGAGCGUCGCGCGCGACGCGACCGCGGCCGCGACCGCGGAGGCGCUCAACGCGCACGCGCGGCAGCUCGCGAUCCUCGAGGCGUCCGCCGCGGCGGUCCUCGCGAAGCGCGACGAGGUGGAGGAGAAGCUGCGAUUACAGAUCGCGUCCGCGCACGCGCGCGAGCUCGCCGCCGAGGAAGCGCUUCACGCCGCGCGCCUCGAGCUCUCGGACCUCUCGCACGGCGCGCUGGACACGCCCGCGCUCGAGCUCGACGCGUCGAGGGUCGAGCGCGAGGGAAAAGACGCGGAGACGAUCGGCGAGCUGCGAGACGAGCUCGCGCGAAUGCGAUUACAGCUCGAGGAGGCGAACGCGAGGGCCAACGCCGCGGAGGACGCGCUCGCGACGGAGAGGGAGGACGCCGCGGCGCUCCGAGCCGCCGUUUCCGAUGCCGCGACCGCGUCGCGCGACUCGCUCGAGCGCGAAACGAAGGCGGCGGAGGAGGCGAAAGUCGCGCGAGGCGCCGUCUCCGCGUCCGUCGCGCUGCGGUUCAAAUCCGUCGUCGCGGAGGCGCGGCACAGGACCAAGUCGGAGAGCGAGGCGCGCUCGAGAGAGGCGAUCCUCGCCGCGCUGCGCGACGAGUUCGAGGCGCAGGCGGAGGAGCUGCGCGACGCGAACGAGACGAUCGCGGCGUUGAAGAUCGAGAUCGCGACCGCGUCCGCGAAUGCGGCGGAGGCGCGCGAACGGGCGAGGGAGGCGGAGGCGAACGCGAGGGCGCAAGAGGAGGCGAUUUCGGCGGAGUCGGCGGCGAAGGACGCGGUCGCGGAGACCGUCCGAGCGGAGAAGGACAAGGAGGUCAGGGCGGUACGCGCGGAGGCGAGCGAGAAGGAGUUCGAGCUCGAGAGCGCGAACGAGAUCAUCGCCGGUCUGAACCGCGAGUCAGAGCGCUCGAAGCGCACGUGGAACGACGCGCGGAAAGCGCUCGACGCGGAGCUCCGCGACCUCCGCGCCGCGCUCGACGCGCGCGAUGCCGCGCGCGACGACGAGAUGCGCGCCGCGAGCGGCGAGCUCGACGCCGCGCGCGCGGAGAUCGCGGCGCUGCGCGAGAUGGUGACCACGGCGAGCGCGGUGGAGGAGGCGACGAAGAGCGCGGCGGCGGACGCGUUCGACGCCAAGGGCGAAGCCUUCGCCAACGUCCUCAAAGCGCUCGACGAGAGAGAGACGGAGUGCGCGCGAGUCACCGACGCGCUCGAGACGACGCGAGGGGAGCUCGAUGUGACGCGCGAGGAGGCGGAGCGGAUGCGCGAGGCGAUGGCGUCCUCCGCGGACGCGUUGGCGACCGCGAACGCCGCCGCGCGCGACGCGUUGGAGGCGAAGAAUGCGCUCCUCGACGCGUCGCGGACGGAGCUCGCGGAGAAGGACCGCGAGCUCUUGCGGACGCAGGUGGAGCUCGAGGACGCGCACGCGGAGUUGAGCGAGAGGCCGGCGAAGGGCGCGCUCGAAGACGCGGCGGCGAAGACGGAGGCGCUCGACGCGGAGAUGGACGCGAUGAGAGCGACGCUCCGAGCGACGGAGGACGAGCUCGCGCUCGCGCGCGACGACGCGGCGGAGCUGACGCGCGAGCGCGCGGCCGCGAUGGAGGCGCUCAGCGCGGAGCACGCGGCCGCGAUGGAGGCGCUGAGCGCGUCGCUUCGAGCGCGCGAAGAAGGGGUCGAGACGCUUCGAGAGACGCGCGCGUCCGCCGAGGACGCCGCGACGGCGGCGCUCGAGACGAAGAUGUCGGAAAAAGAUAAAGAAAUGUCGGAAAAAGACGCCGCGUACGAACGCGUCGUCGCGGACCUCGAGACGGCGCGCGCGGAGAUGGACGCGCUCGCGGCGAAGCACGAGGGCGAGACGCGCGCGAACGCCGCGCGCGUGCUCGAGGAACGCGACGAGGAGCAGGCGCGGUUCGACGAGGAAGUGAGAGCCGCGGAGGCGCGAGCGGCGAGCGCGGUGGAGGCGGCGACGAAGAAAAAGGACGACGAGAUCGCGGCGUUGCGCGCGACGCUCGAGGAGGCGACGGUGGCGCGCGAGAGGGCGGCGGACGCGGCGAGAGACGCGGCGGAAAACGCGCACGCGGCGGUGCUGAAGGCGAAGGACGACGAGCUCGCGCGGACGCGGCGGGAUUGGGCGGACGCGGUGGCGAGGCGCGAGGCGGAGGCAUCCGCGGAGGCGGCGGCGCUCGAACGCGACCUCCGCGCCGCGCGCGAAGCGUCGGAGAACCUCCUCACCGCGCGGCUCGCCGCGUCCGAGGCGGAGCUGAGAGCGACCGAAUCCGCGGCCGCGGCGCUGGACGCGCGGCUCGCGAAGACGACGCGCGACUUCGAGCGACACAAGGAGCGCCCCGUCUCUGACGCGUUCGCGACGCGUCUGUUACUCGCGGCGGCGGCGACGGCGUUGUUCUUCUGGACGCUAGGGUGGAGCACGAGCGCGGCGUCGAGACGGGACAUGGCGAGGGCGCUGGCGCAGAACGCGCACGACGCGGAACACUGCCACGCGGACUACGGCGAGGUUUCGGCCGCGCUCGCGAACGCGCGCGCGGAUCUCGCGGCGGCGGCGAGGACGACGCUGGCGGUGCCGUUUCUUCCGUCGCGGUAUGUUCCCGCGAUCUUCUCGCUGCCGUUGCAUCCGUCGACGGCGGCGACGUUUUUGUUCGCGAUGCUGUGCGCGCUCGCGCGGUAUGGGAAGCGACUGUUCGGCGGCGUCGAAGGUGAAGGCGUCGUCGGCGACGUCGGCGGCGGGCGGGCGGACCUCGAGGAGGUCGUGAACCUCGAGGAGGUCGCCGGUUGGCUCGCGUCGCCGCCGCCGACGACGGGGAGAGGCGGCGCGGGAAGCGCCGACGACAGCUCGACGGUCGCGGCGGAGGAAGAAGCCGAAGACGCCGCGACGCCCGCGAAAGUCGCGCUUCUGCGGUCGUUCACGGAGCAGGUUCGAUCGCAGGCGGAGAAGCUCGAGGAGGAGGAGACGCCGUCGAGGGCGAAGAAGAAAAAGUCGUUUUCCUUCCUCCGCAGGUCGAAAAGCCAAAAAGAGAAGAAGUGA